GCUCCUCCAGCGGAGUUUUCUUUGACCGGUGUUCGAUAAAACGAGGAAAAUAUCACUUGGAAACAAAAAAAAUAAAAAUAAAAAUAAAGUACAACGAUGGAUCCGCUGGUUGCUGCAAUUGACCAGGGAACGAGCUCGACGAGGUUUCUGGUGUUCAAUGCAAAAACAGCUGAGCUGAUGAGUCAACACCAAGUAGAGAUCAAGCAGAGUUUCCCCAAGGAGGGCUGGGUGGAGGAGGACCCCAAAGAGAUAAUGCAGUCGGUGUACGAGUGCAUGGAGAGGACUUGUGAGAAACUCUGCCAGCUCAACAUCGACCUCUCCAACGUAAAAGCGGUGGGGGUGACCAAUCAGAGAGAGACCACCCUGGUUUGGGACAAAGAGACCGGAGAGCCACUCUACAACGCCAUUGUCUGGCUGGACCUGCGUACACAGUCCACAGUGGAGAGUCUCAUCAACAAAGCCCCGGGGCAAAACAAGAACCACCUCAAGCAUAAGACAGGCCUUCCCAUCAGCACCUACUUCAGUGCGGUGAAGCUACGUUGGCUGCUGGACAACGUGGAUGAGGUGCGACAGGCAGUGCUGAGUGAGCGAGCCAUGUUUGGUACGGUGGACUCCUGGAUCAUCUGGUGCCUGACGGGGGGUAAGAACGGAGGGGUCCACUGCACAGACGUCUCAAACGCCAGUCGCACCAUGCUCUUCAACAUUCACAGCCUGGACUGGGAUCCUGAGCUCUGCAGGUACUUUGACAUCCCGAUGGAAAUCCUCCCUGAAGUCAGAAGCUCCUCUGAAAUAUACGGCUGGAUGAAAUCCGGCUCUCUGGCAGGAGUUCCAAUCUCAGGGUGUCUUGGCGACCAGUCGGCUGCUCUGGUUGGUCAGAUGUGCUUCCAGGAAGGCCAGGCCAAGAACACGUAUGGGACCGGCUGCUUCCUGCUCAGAAAUACAGGGACAAAGCCUCUGAUGUCAGACCACGGCCUGCUGACCACCGUUGCCUACAAACUGGGAAAAGACGAGCCUGCCUGCUAUGCACUCGAGGGUUCGGUGGCCAUCGCUGGAGCCGUGGUGCGGUGGCUGAAGGACAACCUGGGCAUCGUGCAGUCUUCCUCAGAGAUUGAGAAGCUAGCAGCUGCAGCCGGCACGUCUUACGGCUGUUACUUUGUGCCGGCCUUCUCCGGCCUCUAUGCCCCGUACUGGGAGCCCAGUGCAAGAGGCAUCAUCUGUGGGCUCACUCAGUUCACCAACAGGAACCACUUGGCUUUUGCUGCCCUCGAGGCCGUCUGCUUUCAGACCAGAGAGAUCCUUGAUGCUAUGAACCAGGACAGCGGCGUCCCUCUGACGCAGCUGCGGGUGGAUGGAGGCAUGACCUCCAACAGGUUACUGAUGCAGCUACAGGCCGACAUCCUCUGCAUCCCCGUAGUGCAACCGACCAUGUCAGAGACCACGGCUCUUGGCACAGCCAUGGCGGCGGGGUCGGCGGAGGGGGUGGGCGUGUGGAGCCUGAGCCCCAGUCAUCUACCGCACGUCACCACUGAGAAAUACGAGCCUCAGAUCAACCCUGAGGAGAGCGAGUUCCGCUUUGCUCGAUGGAAGAAGGCGGUCCAGAGAUCCAUGAACUGGGAGACCACAGAGCCUUGCUGUAAUGCCAACGGUUUAGGAAAGAAGAUGAACGGCGCCCCCUGGGGGGCUCCGCCCACCCCUCCCCCAAGCAGAGCAGGCCCCUAAGAUCCACAGCUGUAACUGGUUCAAGACCUAUCAUGGGAAUAUGGAAACGUACGAUGGAGCAAGACUGGAAGAGGAAAGGACUCUCAGUGCAUGAAGGAAUUGACGGGUGCAGGAUGUGACGCGUAGCCUGCCAGUAGUUUUGUACCCGACGGCUGUGACGAGACUGAGAACAUUUCAUCAACCUCAAGGGCCAUCUGGAGAGAAGAGCACAGCACCACCUGUGGAGCUUUUCAACUCUGGAACCAAUUUCUGAUGACAUUUCUGUCCUCAUCCACUUUCUUAAACUAUGGAUUUGCCUUAUUCAACUUGAACAGUAAGGAUUAGGGAGACUCAGCUGUUGGUAGUCUGAAAUACUGUACUACUAUUUGUACCUCAUCACUGUAACAAAUGGGGAUUCUGUAGUGUUUUAAAAAUUGUUUUGUACAGUGUUGAUGUGAUUGUACCUCUUUCUUAACUUUGGGAUGUAUGAGAUUACUAGGACUAAUUCAGUUUUUGAAAAAGGUUCCUGUACAACCUCCAUGUUAAAGUCAUGUCAUUCAGAUCUGACGUAGGCUGACUGUUAUUGCUUGCAGCACUUUAGAUAUCACCCUGCCUAUGGAGAGGAUGAGUUUUUAAAGGGAAAAUGAUUUGAACCUUUUUAAGAUCAUUACUUACAUCUGGUUACUGUAUUCAUUUAAGGACUGAUUGUCUGCUCUACUUUGUAAUGUGUAUGUAUCUAAACUCAGAUCCUCUUUGUCUUGCUGUCAGAUGCACAGCGGGAGUCCUUCAGCUCUUCAUGAAUGUGUAGAUGCUGUAAUAAUGUGAUGUGUAAUAAAAAGUGUACAUAUCAAGUUCA